AUGACACCGCCAUUGAAUAUUGUUCGCCAGUUGCUGGAAACGCAAAUGCUUUCCCAGAUUGACGCCGACUACCAGGCGAAUGUCAAGUCCGGAAACAUGAUCGAUAAUCUUGCCGACCGCGUCAAUUUCCAGAUUGUCAGCGAGGCUACAGAGCUAUCUCGCCAGCUUUCCAGCCGUGAGGCCGUACAGUCCAUGGUCUCUUCUGACUCUGGCCCUUCUCUGCAGAAGAUCGUCGAUAACAGCAAGCCUAUUAAAACAGAGAUUGUGCAUUUGAUCGGAAACGAGCAGUCCCCAUGGGUGGCGGCCGUUCUUCGAAACGCUGCCACGACCAGAGCUGGCAAACCAUUCAAACAUGAAUGGGUCAUGAUCAUGGAGUUCGACAGCCAAGACCGUAUCUCUACUCUGAAGGUCUACCCCGACUCUCACAAUCUCCUGGCCCAUUCUUCUGACCUCUAG